AUGAAUGGACGCACUGCCACUGCACGGAGUUUAGGGGGCAAUGAAAUGGCCACGCUGACCACUGACUGCUUCGACUAUUGCCCGAUGACGUGUGAACGUGUUUUGUGUUUUAGUGAGUUAUUUUUUAUCAAAGAGCCCCACGAUGUUACUGUCAUGCGGAAGGAUGCCGUUAUAUUGGACUGUCAGGCGCACGGAGAGUCGCCUAUUGCCAUCAGGUGGCUUAAAAAUGGAGUAAAAGUUGCAGAGAAUGACCGCGUCUACAUUCUCUCCAACGGCUCACUUUCUAUUUCGGAGGUGGAGAGCAGGAGAGGAGACAAAUCAGAUGAAGGGUUUUACCAGUGCCUCGCUCAGAACAAGUAUGGAGCCAUCCUGAGCCAGAAAGUCUGUCUUACAAUUGCGAGUAUCUCCCCCUUUACAAAUCAGCCAACUUCCAUUGUGGUGACAGAAGGAUCAGUCGCCCGUUUCACCUGCAAAGUUACUGCAAGCCCUCCACCCAUCAUCACCUGGGAGUUCAAUCGGGUCACGUUACCGCUGACAACUAAAAGAAUCACAGUCCUGCCCAGCGGCGUUUUGCAGAUCCAUGGGGUGGAAAAAGGGGAUGCUGGGAACUAUCGCUGUGUGGCGACCAACAUCGCCAACCGUCGCCGGAGUACAGAGGCAACCCUCACUGUCACUCCAGCUCCAAGCCCCAAACUGCCUCAGAGGCCUCGUAUCAUCGCUGGGCCCCAGAAUGCCACUGUGUCCCUGCACCAAAGUGCCAUCCUGGAAUGCAUGGCUACAGGGAACCCCCGACCCCUCAUCUCCUGGAGCCGAGCCGACAGCAAGUCCAUUGACGUGUUCAACACCAAGGUGCUGGGCAAUGGCAACCUCAUCAUCUCUGACAUCAAACCCCAACACGGAGGAGUGUACAUGUGCAGAGCAACUACCCCUGGCACGCGUAACUAUACCAUCGCCACAGCCAACAUCACUGUGCUAGCGCCUCCGACCUUGGUGGAGUGGCCGGAGAGCCUGACCCGUCCGCGUGCGGGCACGGCCCGCUUUGUGUGCCAGGCUGAGGGUGUUCCCCUGCCCCACAUCACUUGGCUGAAGAACGGAGAGAAGGUCCACUCCAACGGACGCAUCAAGAUGUACAACAGUAAACUGGUGAUCAACCAGAUCAUCCCUGAGGAUGAUGCCAUCUACCAGUGCCAGGUAGAGAAUGAGCAGGGCUCUGUGCUGUCCAUGGCCCGGCUCAUAGUGGUGAUGUCAGAGGACAGGCCCAGCGCGCCCAGGAACAUCCGGGCUGACACUGUAUCCAGCUCCGCCAUCUUGCUGGCCUGGGAGAGACCACUGUACAACUCAGACAAAGUGAUUGCCUACUCUGUGCACUACAUGAAGGCUGAAGGUUUGAACAAUGAGGAAUACCAGGUUGUCAUUGGCAACGACACAACCCGGUACAUUAUUGAUGACCUGGAGUCAGCGCGGAACUACACCUUCUACAUCGUGGCCUACAUGCCCAUGGGAGCCAGCCGCAUGUCAGACCAUGUGUUCCAGCACACCCUGGAGGAUGUGCCCCUGCGUGCCCCAGAGCUCAGCCUCACCAGCCGCAGCCCCACAGACAUCCAGGUGUCCUGGCAGCCCCUUGCAGCCAAGCUAAGCCGAGGCCGGGUGUCGGCCUACCGCUUGUCCUAUCGUACCAGUGCCGACCAGGCCAUCACUCAGCUGGAGCUUCCUGGGGAGAAAACCAAGUAUCUGCUGGAGGGCCUGCAGCCCGACACCAUCUACCUCCUCCGCAUCGCUGCAGCCACUAGCGUGGGCUGGGGGGAACAGUCAGCCUGGACCUCCCACCGUACCCCUAAGGCGUCCAGCGCCAAAGUGCCUCUGGCCCCUGAGCUACAGUUGGAGCCUCUGAACUGCACCACCAUCAUAGUGCGCUGGCAGCUGGCACCAGGAAACUCUGUCAGCGUCCAGGGCUACAGGCUGUUCUACCACGAGGAGAGCCAGGCUGAGAGUUCCCCCAUCCAGCUGCGUGUCCAGGACAACAGGCACACCAUUGGAGGCCUGGACCCGAGGAAGAAGUACCAUGUGAAGCUACUGGCGUUCAGUUUUUUAGGAGAUGGCUACCAGGCAGACCAAACUAUCAGCACCCCUGGAUGUGUCUCGGUCCGUGAUCGUAUGGUGCCCCCUCCACCACCCCCUCACCACGUGUAUGCCAAGGCCAACAGCUCGUCUGCCGUGUUCCUCCACUGGGGGCGUCCAGCAUUCACCUCCAGCCAGAUCGUCAACUACACCAUCCGCUGUAACCCUGUGGGCCUUCAGAACGCCUCCCUGGUACUCUACCUGCAGACUGCUGAGAAGAACAUUCUGGUCCCGGACUUAGAGCCCAACACCAGGUAUGAGUUUGCUGUCCGCCUGCACCUUGACCAACUGUCCAGCCCCUGGAGCCCUGUGGUCUACCAGAGCACUCUGCCUGAAGCUCCUACUCUGCCACCGUCAGGUGUGAAAGUGACUCUGAUCGAGGACGACACAGCGCUGGUGUCAUGGAAACUUCCAGAUGAGCCCAACUUGGCGGUGACACGUUAUACCAUCCUCUACGCUUCCAGGAAGGCCUGGGUAGCUGGAGAGUGGAAGGUGCUGCAGAGGGAAGGGAGCAUCACCAUGGCUCUACUGGAGAACCUACAGCCAGGGAACAUCUACCUGGUCAAGGUGUCUGCGUCCAACGAUAUGGGAGACGGGCCGUUUUCACACACCGUAGAACUGGCUGUGCAGAACGAUGGCUCCACCUCCGGUCACAACCCCAGGCGCUCCCAUGGCUCAGCUACAGUGUUCUCUGGUGGCUUCUACCACCUGGACCAGAAGUCGAUGACCGGGAUCAUCGUGGGGGUUUGCAUUGCACUGAUCUGCAUCAUCAUCUGUGCCUUCAUCCUUGUCUGCAGAGGCAAAAACAGGAAAUCUUCUGCUACUAAAGCCAUCAUGCAGGAGGCUGGUCAGGUCCCCUCUGCUUCGGUCCACCUGGGCUCUGAGGGCCAGGCUGAGAAUGCUGAUGUCAUGGUGCCAAUGAUGAGAGCAGACCACUUCAUUGAUGCCAAGGGUGGAACAAAUCUGAUCAUCAAUAGCCUCGGACCAGUUUAUCCAAUCACUGAGAAGAAAAAUAAGUGGUUUUCCUUCAGAAAUCAGAAAAAACUGAAUGCUAAGAAAAGCCAGAGGAAGAGCCAUGGAAUCUGCUCGUACCAGCCAGGAGUAACAGUGCUGUGCUACGAGGAUGAGUCUCUGUCGUCACCCAACCAGCCCACCUCCCUGCAGGUCCUGUUUGGACCACCUGGUGACACAGAGGGCUCCUCCAACAGCGAAGGCAGCCACGAGACAGGCGACUCGGGCCGUUACUCUCACGACGACAUAGAGAUGACCAACCUGUCCUCUGGGCCCAGCAGCCGCCCUGCGUCUCUGAAAGAGGAGGAGAGUGGGGGGUCAGGCUGCAGUCCUGCCCAGGAGAGUGAGGGUGAGCUGGGGGAGCAGUCUCACCUCGACCUGGAGAUUGGAGAUUCCAUGGAGAAACCAUGCAACCAUCACCACGAUCAGGCCCCAGACAAUUCCCAGCCUGCACUUUCUCUCUAG